AUGAACAAGUGGCAAACUGAAUGGGUGCAAAACACCGGUACUGGAGGAUGGAUACGGCGGCUCAUUCCCGAUGUGAGACCAUGGGUGUCGAGGUCGUUUGGCACAAUGAACUACCACAUCACCCAGUUUCUGACCGGACACGGGUGUUUCGGCGAAUAUUUGUGGAGGUUCAAGAAGCGUGACGUCUCCGAAUGUCACGACUGCCUUGACCCUACUGAUAGCACUGAGCACGCGUUCUUUGAAUGUGACUGGUGGUGGAGACAACGCAGAUAA